GUAGAAGGUAAUAAACAAUGCAUAUACAUACAUACAUAUACCCCUAGCUCCUCCCACUUCAUCUCCUCCUUACCUCACUUAAUCCUCUUGAAGCUCAACACAUCCAAAGAAAAUUAAGCUGGAGCCAUGAGCUCUGUUUGCAAUUCUUCCAUGCCGGCGAGGCCAACCUUCAUCAACCUCUACAAGUGGCCGGAGUCCGACGCCGAGUUCGUGAAGUCGAUGACAGAAGGAAGAAGAGGCAAGAGUACUGCCGUAACUGAUCAGAGUCAGAGCCACAGUAAGUGGAGCCCAAGUCCUCCGGUGGUGGACAGCUUCUCCUGCCGGCAGAUGUACCUGAGGAGCUACCCCUUCUCCAAGGAGGAGAAGGCAGCCACCGGAAAAACAAAACAGUGCUUUGAGAAAGCCAAGGAAAAAGCGACCUCACUUUUCUCAACGAAGAAGAAGAAGAAGAAUGAGCUGCGGUUUGUGAGCGACAGGAAGCUGAUCAAAGAUUUCCCUUACUCCUCCCUCUUCUCUAUCUUCUACCGCUUCCUGUUCUGCACCACCAGCGUCGAAGUUGUCGAUCGUAGAAGGUAUUAAUUAUGAUCAGAUUUGAUAAUUGUAAUGUAUACUACAGCAGUUGGUACCUUUAAUUUGGUUUAACUA